AUGCAGAAAUUAAGGACUGUGAUAACUGUCGUCACCCAGUUUAUUUGCCUCUGCACCUCUCGACAUUUACAAGAAGACCAGUGUUGGGUAGCCACGUAUAAUGGAGAGUUGAUCCUGUCCCCAUGUUUUGACGACAGCCGUUGCCGCUGCAACAACACCACGGCCGACUGUUCCUCGAAUAACGGCCUCCUCACCUACGUGCCUCGUCUUUCUUUCGACGUCCAGGUCUUCAACUUCUCCAGCAACAACCUGUCUCACAUUCCUGACGGAUUUUUCUCCAACGUGUCGCAAGUGUGGCUGCUGGAUCUCUGCCAAAACGGCUUAACAUCUCUAUCGCCGAGGGCUUUUCAAGAACUGCAAAACUUGACCACUCUGUUUCUGAACGACUUACAGAACAACCGUCUUUUUGACUUUCCACAAACCUGUGACCAGGUUACAGGUGAAUCAUUUUUCCCCAACCUUGAACAACUGCUGCUGAACAAGAACAUGAUUUCUUCAAUAAAGGAUCCUAUUCAUAGUAUUAGCUAUGAUACAUUUUCGUCUUUUGUGAGCUUGGAAUCCUUGUAUUUAUACGGCAACCUGAUGAAGUUCUUACCAGAUGGAUGUUUUUCUGCCUUGAAAAAGCUGAAAGUUCUGUCUCUCAACAACAAUUUUAUCAGUGUCAUCUCCAUGGACACGUUUGCUCAGGAGACGCGUUACAGCCUGAAGAAAAUAGACCUCAGUGGAAAUCCGUUCUAUUGUUCCUGUGAUAUCCGUUGGUUUAAGGAGUGGCUGAGUACGCGACCUAAAACGUUUGGCAACUAUGGGCAAGAAGGAUACAUGUGUGACAACAUCCCAAAUACCCAAGUACAGCUUUUCCGAAUAAAUGAUCAGGCCUGUCUGCUGGGUCACGCUGCAGCAGCAUUGAACAUUGCCGUCAUCAUCAUCGUGCUCAUCGUGUUCAUCAUCUCCAUAGUCUUCUUCCGCUAUCGCUGGCAUCUCCGCUUGGUGAUGUAUGAAGCGUUUCACCACAGAGGUGCACAGGAGGGACAACUCCGUCACUUCACUUACGACGUCUUCGUAGGCUACGCUGAGGAGGACAGGAAGUGGGUGAUGCAGGAGUUACUGCCCGUCGUGGAGGGUCAGUGGAACCUUCGCGCAUGCGUGCACGAGCGCGACUUCGUUCCCGGCAAGCACAUCGUGGACAACAUCGCUGACUGCGUGCACGACAGUCGCAAGAUUCUGAUGGUUUUCUCUCCUGAUUAUGCUCGCAGCGAGUGGUGUCAGUUCGAGCUGAAGUACUGUCAGUGCUGUGUGAUGGACCGUGACGAGGUGUUGGUGCUGGUGUUACUGCACGAGACGGAGUCACGUGACAUGACCAGCGCCAUGUUUGCAGUGAUGAAGACGACGACGUACAUUGAGUGGGCGGACACUGUUGACGCUCGUAACUCCUUUUGGGGUCGACUGUCUCGGGCAUUGGACUGCGUGAUCAACCCUUAAAACUGUUCUUAUUAUUGAUAACAAAUGUAAAAAAAUUUGUUUUACUUAUUUUAUUUUAACUUUUUUAGUCAUUUAAAAUUUUAAUGUGUGAUAGGCCAAGUUAGGGGAAAUAGCCUAUAUAUAUAUAUAGUUACUAGUCCUAGAGGAUCAGUUAUAUAUCUCCCCAAAUUUGGUCUAUAUGUUUUUAUGCAAAAUUAGAAAAAUUAUUAAGAUUAUUUUAGUACUUGUGGAAUGCUGGAAAUAUUGAGUAUUGCAUUGUCACCAGAAAUGAGUAACUGGUGAAAAGUCAGACCUCUAGGACGAUGGGCAGUGGGUGAGAAACGAUUACAACAUUUCCUGGACAAGGGUAGUGAGUUAAAUAAAAGUUUUAAAAAAGAAACCGAGUAGAACGGCUUAUGAAACUGUGAUUUUUAUGCAACAUAUAAUGCUCUUCAAGGCGACAAGACUGAGUUAAUUAAGCUGCAAACUUGACAAUCUUGUUCAGGUAAGAUUAACUGAUUUUAUUACUUGACUAAAAUCGAGGACACAAUCGGAAAGUAUUUAAGAAUAAAAAGUACACCAUGCGGUAUUGUGGGAAAAACUACGAAAGAUAUUUUAUAGCAAUCGUUUAGGUGCUCUUUUUUUGCUGGAUUGUAUAAAUCUUUAGUACCAGUCAAAUUUGUAUAAAAUUGUACAAGUGAUCACCUUGAUUUUUUGGCAAGUGGAAUUUAAUUGGAAAGAUUAGUAGUCCUGUCAAUGAGAUAUGUGCUGGACUGCCAAAUUCCGCUCAUGCAUUAUUAAACAAGGAUCGAGGCAUACAGGGUAAAGAAUUAAAGGAAAUAAUAAAGAUUGAAAAACAUUCACAUUACCAACACAUACACUGAUUAAUUUAUUCACUUUUAUGAAGUAUGUAUGUUUAAAUUUGUGAUUUUUUUGUUUUAAUAUAUGCUUUACAAUUUUGUUAUAGUAAUUAGUGCGUUUUGUAUUUAGGCUUUAAACUGUGUGCACGUGUGAUUACAUGUAGGACUAAUAAGUGUAAUUCAUAGAAUGUGCCGUGAUAACGGAAAUUAGUGGUGGAGCUGUGGUCUGGAGACGAUACUUUCCAUCUUAGUCUUCUUGAAAGUGAAAGACAAAUUUCUACAGACAGAAGAAAGAAAUGAUUUGCAGUUAUUUAUUGGCAACUGAGUGUGUGUGUGUGGAUAAUGUCAUAGAUAAUGUCUACGUGCGUAGAUUGUAUUAAUUAAUGCUAUUGACAAUGACAAUGAUCAACUUUAUUUGUCCCAGUGGGCAAUUUAAACAUGGAAAGGUGUUCUAGUUACAGUAAAGUUAAAAAUAAAAGUAGAGCAAGUUCGCUGCAAGGUGCUUCGUUAAUAUGUACAUUAGCUUUAUUGAUUUAAAAUAAAAAACAACA